CAAUGGAGCAAUCAAUGACACACACUAUUUGAUCGUCAUACCACGAGUGUUUCGAGCUGGUACGACGCACAAUAUUGGUAUCAAUAUUUUUGGCAGAAUACCUUGUGACGUAGGACUCAGAUUGUUUGAUCCCAUUAAUAGAGGCGUCAUUCGACAAGCAUGGGGUCAUUUUCAACCAAAUGAAGCUGGUAUGCUGGAACUGCAGGUACGUUUCCGUAACGUGAUGCAUUUGUUUGAGUGCACCAUUGUAUCCUCUCACCGUCACCGAUUACAAUACUUAAUAUAUAGCUAGCAAAGAAAGUAUAUGGACUGACUUGAAUGAAAAUCGACAAAUAAUCUUGAACAGACGAGUUUGACUCCGCGUGUGAAAAUUACUGGCGAGGAUUUCCUAGGACGUAUGCAGGCAUCAACAACUUAUUAACUUGUCUGAAGUUUAUUCCGUGUUUAAAUGGACAUGUGCAGUAGUUAAGUUCGUAAUUUAUAAGAAUUAACAGAAUUCUCAUUUCAGGUACCUGAAGGGCUAUAUAAGCCGAGAGUUUUAGCUACAGUAUGUGGAAAAACAACAGAGAAAACUGUUGGUUAUGAAGCUCUAUCAAAGAAAAUCUUUAUUCAAACUGACAAACCGAUUUACAAACCAGGACAGAAAGGUCAGUAUAAUGUGUCAGUUAGACUCACAGAUAAAGUAUGCAGUGUUUGUGGAUAUCUGCAACCAAGCCAUGAUCAGGAGAUGCUUAUUAUUUUGUGACAAAUGCAUUUAAUUAAAAGCAAGCCCAUCAGUUAGCAAGAAAAAUAGCAUGGUAGGAAAAUCCAAUUUUUAAUUUCAUGCGAUUAUAUACAUGAACUGGCUUUAUAUAAUACCUACAGCGAAACAUUGGUCAAUAGCCGUGCAGGGUCAUAUGCUAUCGCGGGAUUCUCAAAAUCUCAUUGUUUAUUGCCCUGCGACGAGUGCCGAGUUUCAAACGGCAAAAAGUGUCUAAAAGUCUUUAAAACUAUAGUCAAAGCGAAGAACUUGAAUAAAUCUAAAAUAAAGAAAAGGAGCAUCUUCUGUGGUUAAAGAAUUUUCUUAAUAUGUUUUUGUUAGCGAAAGUCGAAAUCACAAUAAAAAUUUUACAAUGUUUAUAACUAUUAAAGCAGUCAGGAAUUAAAAGUUGUGUUUUGAUUAUGUGAAAAGUUGCAAAUUUUGUUUGCAGAUAGCCGUCAGGAGGAAUCUGAUGACAUCCUAAAAAAAAAAAUACAACUAUAAAGCAGCCACAGAUUAAUCAUUUUUCCCUGAAAAUUUCUGUUUUUGUUUGAUACAAGUUACAUAAAUAUAAGAUGCAGCGUACUAAAAACUUUACUUGUCCAUGCUGCUUAUUAUUUUAUUGUUUUCAUAUUUGUUGUCUUUGGUUAAAUGACGAAAUAUACUUCGUAUUUUUCUUCACAUACUCUCCAAACUGUGUCAGUAUUCUAUAUAAAAUUUGCAGCAUGUAGAGUAUAAUUUUACUAACCAAGAGAACAUUUUUUACAGUUUUUUUUUUCAAAUGUAUCGGACUUUGUACAUUGCCCUCCCGUGACCUUCUCCCCAAUUUUUUACAACCGUACAAUGCCAUAUAAUAAUAAACUUACUGAUCUCAACCUCGCUAGCUAUCGCUCGGCCAACACAGCAAGACCUCGGUUGGAUAUUUUCCGGUACUGCCCUGACUCUCGGUCAGUAAGUUAUUAAUAUCAACACGAUAAGUUGUAAAUCACCUUUUUCAAAUUUUAAAGAAAGUGUGUGAAAUCCUGAAGUACAGGGUAAAUUUGUUUUACUCGUUAUUUAUGACUUUGCUGUCCAGUUUUCGGACUUUUCGCCUAAAGGCCUUGAGAGGGUCCUGAAGGGGGGAGGGUCGUAUUCCCAUUUUCCAGCCCAAAUUUUGACUAAAUCCCAUUGUCCCAGAGCACAAAUCCCAUCAUCUCAGUGGCUGUCCUGCUCAAAUCUUAAUCCCAUUCCCAUUUUCUAUUGUUUUUUUUUGCUGCUGAAUCCCAGUCCCAGUGCAUGAAAUCCCAUUUUCCCACCCAAAAAUAAGCAAAUCCCAGUUCCCAUUUUACCCCUUCAGGACCCUCCCUUGAACAUGUGCGUACAGCUUUCCUUUUCAUUCUAUGUGAAUUUUUCUUGGAAUUAACUUGUUUUAAUUUUUUAUAAAAGAAAAAGAAAAUUAUUUUCCAGAGCGACCUGCUGUAGGAUUUAAAUUUAUUUCAUUUCAAAGUACAAGUAAAUAGGUUGAUGAGUUUAUCGGCAAAAAAAACCCAAUUAAUUCCCAUGAAAAUUUAAAAACGUUUUAGGAAGCGUUUCGUGUUGAAUUUUAUAUUGUAAUAAUGGCCAUGCAUGGAAAGCAAAAUAAGCACCUACUUUAUACAUGUUAGAAAUCAAUACUUUAAUGGUUAAAAGUGGAAAAUAUUAAUUUAUUUUUUGCCGUUUCGACCAAAAAAUAAGAAAGCAAUUAUCGUGUUGCCAUAGAUAACAUAGACUUGCUCCAAGUCUUUCUUUCAUUGUCAUAUAGUAUCGAUCCACUAUAGUCUACAUUACAUGACGUAGAACGGAGGGGCGGAGCAAGAAAGAGAGACUUGUCAACUUAGGAAAAUCUCUGUUCAAAACUGAACCGAAAAUGCAAGACUUGCUUUAAUAAAUGUUUCUGUCAGUGUUUAUAUGUAUUGAUCUAGCACAGUGUAAAUAACAUAGUUCCAUUCUAGUAAAUAAUACAGAAAGAAAUUGAAGGAAAACAAUUAAAGCAAGUCUUGCGUUUUCGGUUCAGUAUUGAACCGAGAUUUUCCGAAAUUGACAAUUUAUAGUCUCAAUUAUACAUAAUGGGGGUCGUCCAUUUGCUCCUAUGCAUAUUAUUCUCAAUUUCGUCGCUAUAUUCGACUUAUAAUGUUAAAGAGUGUUUAUGCUACCCUUCUGCUUUUACAAAUAUUUUGGCAACUCAUCGCGUCAAUUCCAUCAGUGUUAGCUUCGAAAACUUACAACAAACUCAACACUUUUAUUAUAUAAAAUGGCCAGGCAUCAGAAGAAAGUGUACUGUUUUUGGUCGUUUCAAAGGGUCAAAGAUUUCGUAUUACAGUAAGUCUACAGCAACUUUUCGUACAAAUUACUGCUGUUAUUUGAUAUCGAAUUAAACCCUAGCUGGACCUGAUCAAUCCUCAACCUGUCAACGUAAGCUAAAGUGUCUGUAUUUAAACUCGAGAAGUUUGGUGAAUAAAGCAAAAUAUCUCGAAGCAAUGGAAUCUGCAAACAAACACGAUCUGAUAGCAGUCACAGAAACAUGGUUAAAUCCUUCAGUAAGAAACUCAAAUUAUUUAUAACACAUAUUUUAACAUACAUCGUCGAGAUCGUGAGUCUGGUGAACGUGGAGGGGGAGUGAUGCUUGCAGUAAGACAUCAUCUUUAGUCAGUCAGGAGAACUGAUCUGGAAACUGACGCUGCAUUACUUGCCUGUGAAAUUAAACCGAAUGAUAGAAAGAUGUUUUUGUGUCUGGUCUUCUACAUACCUCCUUGGUCAGGUAUAGCUACCCUAAAGGCCCUUAAACAAUGCUUAAGGAAGGCAAAUAGAGCACAUUUUACACAGUUUCUGGUUAUGGGUGACUUCAAUUUGCCCGAUAUUAAUUGACAGACUAUGGCUCCCGAGCGUAAUGAUUGUUUACAUACAGAUCUUGUAAAGCUUGCUCGUGAUAAUUUCCUGUGGCAACUCAUGCACUGACCAACCGACAAGAGGGGACAACAUUUUAGACUUACUGCUUACUAAUUUUCCCGAUAAAGUGAAGCAAUUAGAAAUAUUCGAUGAUGUAAUAAACUCGGACAACCGGUUGUUUGAGUUUGUUCUUGAUUUUAAUAUCAACAAGAAACCACCCACUAAGAGGAAAGUUUAUAAUUACAAAACAGUUAAUUGGAAUGCCCUUAGAUCAACAAUUGAGCAUACCCCAUGGGACAUUACAAUGAAAGAUAGUUGUCAAAUUGGAUGGAUUUAUUUUUCAGUAUUGUCGAUGAACAUAUACCCCAAACUACCAUCAAAGAUAACAAUACUCGGCCUUGGAUUGAUAAAGAUGUUAUUCAUAUCUUUCGACAAAAGAAUAAGUUAAGAAGAAUUGCAAAAGAUUCAGGCCAACAAAAGAAAAUUAUAAUUCUAAGGGGAAAGAGGCCAAAUUAAUUUUGAAUAACAAGUGCAAUGAUUAUUUAAAUGAUAUAAAACUGUCAUUCAAGGACAAUCCAAAGAAAUUUUUGAGUUUUGUUAAAGCUACUAUCAAAUCAUCCUCGUAUCCCCAAUUUCUAAAGUGCGGUAAAGAUUUCUCGUCCUGCAGUGUAGUGAAAUCGAACAUAUUUAACAAUUUCUUCCAGUCCGUGUUUUUACAAAAUAAUUUUGAUAUAUGCAAUGACUCCCAAAAUUAUUCUGAAUAUGAGUUUUCCCUGAACGAGAUUGUUUUGACAGAAAGUGAAGUUCGCGCUUGCCAAUCUGCGUUCGACCCUAACAAAGCAUCUGGCCCAGGCAAUAUUCCUGCAAGAAUCCUGAAACUAACUGCCGACCAAAUUUCACCUUCUAUAUGUAAUCUCUUUAACCUGUCCUUAAAAUUAGGGAUUAUUCCAACUGCAUGGAAGGAAGCAAAUGUGACACCUGUCUUUAAAGACGGAAAUGCUGCUUGUGUGGAAAACUAGAGACCGAUCUCUUUAUUAUGCAUCCUGUCGAAAGUACUGGAAAGAUGUGUUCAUAACCACAUCUAUGAUUUCAUAUCUUAUAGAAUCAACAAACUGCGACAUGGCUUCCAACGUCAGAAAAAUUGUACUACGCAACUAAUUCAGGUUUAUCAUAACAUUUUGGAAGCCUUGGAUAAACGUAACGAGAUCGAUAUAAUCUAUCUAGAUUUCACUAAAGCCUUUGACAAAGUGUCACAUCCCUUGUUGUUACAAAAACUGGGAGAGUUUGGAUUUCGUGGGAUUUGGAUUUCGAUUAUUGAUGUGGCUUGGAAGCUAUUUGCUGGCCGAAAGCAAAGGGUUGUUUUAGAGGAACAACAUUAAGAUUGGUUGGAUGUUUUCUCGGGAGUUCCACAAGGCUCCAUUUUAGGACCUUUAUUAUUUUCAAUAUUCAUAAAUGACUUGCCAAACCAAAUAGCGUCCCCUUCCCUAAUGGGCCUUUAUGUCAAUGACAGCAAAAUGUUUAGAGUAAUAAAAAACGAAGCUGACUUGGAACAAUUUCAGGGUGAUCUGUCAAAUGUUUAUGACUGGAGUAGGAGAUGGCGGAUGCAGUUCAACACUAAAAAAUGUGCGUUUAUGUGUUUGACGCAUAAAAAGUCUUUCAAGCAUAUCCAUUAUGAUAUGAAUUGCGACUUGCUGGAUCGAGUUCAAUCAGUGAAAGACCUUGGUAUCUCGGUCACAGAUAACCUACGAUGGUCUCAACACAUACAAGAGAUAACUUUGAAAGCGAAUAGAACCUUAGGCUUGGUUAAAAGGGUAUGCAGAGAUAUAAAAGAUGUCCAUAUCAGGAAAGCUCUGUACUGUUCGUUGAUAAGACCUCAACUGGAGUAUGCAUCCGAACUGUGGUCCCCUGAACAAGUCACAUACAAGCAAAGGUUAGAAAAUGUUCAACGAAGAGCGACUAAACUUAUUCUGUAUUACCCUCAACACUGCCAUUACACGACGAGACUACUUAAGCUGAACUUGCUUCCCUUUGAACAUAGAAGAACGUGGAACGAUCUGGUUUUCUUUUUUAAAUGCCAAAACUGCUUAUACGAACUAGAUGUCUCAAAUAUUGUCAAAAAACGGCCUGUCAGUUAUAACAUUAGAUCUUUUAACAUUAGCAAUUUUCAUAAGAUUAUAUGUAACACCGAAUUUUAUCGACACUCAUAUUUCCAAGAGUAAUCAGAGCUUGGAAUCUAUUGCCAGAUGAUCUGAAGGCCGUUGCGGAGAUUGGAGACUUUAAGAGGAAACUGAGAACCUUUUUUGUCAAAACUGUGAAUAAUUAUAUACCUCCGUAAUUUUCCAGCAUUUUCUAUAAGAGUUCUUCAAUUUUAGUCGUAAAUUUGUACUAUAAUGUAAGUUAUUCGUUCGUAAUUAUGGUAGUCAGAUUCAAUUAGGGCUACGCUCUGUCUGCUCGCCAAUCAUCUGCUGUAAAUUUGAUGAUGAAAUUAUUAAAUUAAACUAAACUAAACUAAACUAAACUAAACUAAACUAAACUAAACUAAACUAAACUAAACUAAACUCUCUUUCUCUCUCCACCUCUGCGUGCUAUGUCAUGUAAUGUACACUAUAGUGGAUCGACACUAUAUGACAAUGAAAGAGAGACUUGGGGCAAGUCUAUAGAUAACAUGACGCGAGCAUCGCGAGCCUGCGUUCCGUGGUGGAGUUAUUAAAGUACUUCACGUUGAAACAAUGUUUGGAAAAUGUUGGCGAUUUAGCAUUGGCAUUGUCCAAGCAAGUAUUUCGAAGUAAUUAAACUUUUAUGUUCUUCAAAGAAAUUGAACAAUUGAAAAACAUGACACUUACAAUUGAACAUAGUUAAUUAAAUUAAUUUAUUUAAUAUUAAUAUUAAAAAACCAUUGGCGUCCAAACCACAGUUAAUAAAAGAAAUAUUAUUUUUUUUAGUUUUGAUUCGAAUUAUAUUUGUGAAUUCUCAACUGCACGCAGAUGGAAAGAAAGUAAGUUAUGCCACUACUCCAAGUAAAAUGUAGUCUAGUGAGUAUUUAAAAAUUAAAUUUCUCAACAAAUAUAUGAAGAAGCAUGUAUGCUCUAAGUAACAACUUGAUAUUUGCUAUGGGACCACUCGCACCUUUUAAAUUAAAGGUGAUAAAAUUUGCUAUUGUGGAUUUACCUCAUGCAGUCCCGGUAUAUUAGUAUUAGGUACUGCAUUGUACGAGCCUAUGCACGUAUUGUGUAAAAUAUACAAAAAAGGGCGUGAGCUGCCCAUGCAAAAUAUAGAGGUUUAAUGUAUUGUGCAAUACGUUUGUGUAUGACUAUACAACACGAUCUUUGUCUUUAUUAUGAAACAUUCGGCAUAUUUUCUUCGACAUUCUGGUGCCUGAAAACGAACGCUACUAAAUGGAAAAUUGUGUAUCAAACAUAUAAGUUUCAUUAUGGACAUUAUUAUUUCCUUUGUGACCUUUUCACGAAAUAUUAGUUAGAAAUGCAAUAUAUUGGCUAUCUACAUAACUUGAUAAAUACAUAUCACCGAUGGAGAAAUAACUUUCGUCUCUGUGUUUCCUUAAAGGUUUCUUCAGUGACUGUACAG